GCCGUGACUGGAUCUUGGAUCUCAAUGGCGACGUGCAUCUAUCUCAGCGGCUGAAUUCGCAGCAGCCUGAUGCUAGACAAUGUUCAAAGCUGUAUGUUGACAACGUUCGAUAUUGGUCAGCAGUCCAGUUGGCCCUUGCCAGCGUUGGACAACUUGGAAGGGGUGGCAUGGUUCCUUGCCUUUUCUACCACUCCGGACUUCCAACACCUGCAUGUCGUUACAACAGGACACUAAGGUAGCAUUGAUCCGAUGAGACUAUCUAGUCCCCCGAUCUGUUCCCAGGCCAAUCCACUCGGACAAGCAUGAUUCGGGCAGUAAAGGGAGCCACCAGCCCCCGGUCAGCGCCAUUCACACGGCUGGCCGCAGAGCUAGAGGAGGUACAUAUAUGUACUGACGAAGACGGCCAAGCAAACCAACAUUGUUCGCAGACAAUCCAGUCCAGCCACCAUGGAUAUUUGUGGCAGUCCGUCCCCACGAAUCCAUGUCUUUGGCGGCGGCCUAGGACGCUCGGCAUCAGUGCCCUGUCGUCUCCCGCAACACAAUCUCGGGCUGGUCGACUCGGGAUCGCGGUGGGCUUGGCCGGGAAGCGAGCAUGGCGCCGACGGGCGGCUGAGCACUGCUCAGGGCUAGUGCUUCAAGGAGCUGGCGGCAGCCCUCUAGCUGUCACACUUGGUGGACGCGCUGGCCACAGUCUCCAUUUAUGCCGCCACUGGAGAGGUCAUGGCGUGGCUACAGGACAUUCGCAGAUCCGGACUAGUGGGAACCCUGCCUAGAGCUAUGUGCGGAUGCUCAGUUGCGAAUCUCCCAGCACCAGGCCGGAAGUGGUUCCUCACUGAGGAGAAGAACGAGGAGGAUGUUGAUGAUGUUUUGGGCCCCUGUGCUUGGCAACGAGGGUUGGAACGGGCGACGUCCAAAAAACACCAAAGACAUUGCAGACACGACCCGAAGCCACCAAAG